AAGACAAACUCUGACAGAAACAACUGCGUCGUCUACUUCGCAGCCCAGCUGUAACAUUUUCGUUUUAGUUUCCGAACCGCCCCCUCCCAAGAAAACAAUAUUGUUCUGCCCUGAUUAUAGGAUACGACCGGCGAUCAUCUGAUACUACUACCACUCAUUGUCACUCCACGCGGGUAAUAGAAACCUUUCUAGCUUUUCUUGUUGUGUCGACUUUGAAUUCUUUGGCAGCAAAAUAGUGAUCAAAAAUCAAUCAUGCCGAAGAACAAGACCUCGCCUCCAGCAAGCGCAUCGUCGCCGGCCAAAAACGCGGAGACGGCUUCACUCAGUACGACCACCAGCUCGCCUCCAGCAAGCGCAUUAUCAAAUGUAAAAAUGUGUGGGUCUGGAAGAAUGCAUGUUUGUCAUGCUUGUCUGGCAUGAUUCUCAAAUCUGUCAUGCACGUUACCCAAGAGCUCCAUUUUUCUGUGAUUAAGAAACGCAGUUUGUCAUGCAGAAUAGGCAACACCUAGAAGUAGAACCUCAGAAACUUGUCAUGCUGAGCCAGCAUUUGUGGCCUCAUCAUGAGACGCCACCCAGCAUCACAAGUUUCCAGACCCAGACACUUUUACAUUUGAUACGCGGAAACGCCUCGCAAAAACGCGGAGACGGCUUCACUCAGUACGACCACCAGCUCGCCCCGCUCGAAUCCAGGCCUGAAGCUGAAUUUACCUUCGCUAGACCAACGAGUGCAAGCAAACACGGAGAAAUCUACUUCGGGGCUGAGUUAUUCUUCACCAGGAGGUAGUAGUAGUAGUAGAACUGCAGGAGAACUACAACAGGCCGCUCCUCCGAGGAGCCCACGCCGCAGUGCGAGAAGUUCUACUUCGGGGAAUGACGACCUUUCUCCGGAAACGCCGAGGACGCCGAAGUUGCACAUGAUUCAGGAGCUAAAUCGCAACAUUAAUAACGGGUCCUCGAAGGGAUCCGUCGAUUCUGCCGAUGGCUACGUCACACCGAAUUUUCCGGUCAGAUCGCAGUCGCCCGCCGCUGGGGACGAAGAUGCGGAGCUUUUGAUGUUCCAUGAUAGCAUCGAGGGUGACCACUAUGGCAGUAGUAUCAGUAGUGCUGGUCCUCCUCCUGCAAGGCAAAUGCAACUGCAGCACGACGAGUCGCUAAUCAUCACGCCACCCGGAAGCGCGCAGAGUUUGUCAGGGAUGGCAGCGACGUCGACUUCGCACCAGUCUGGCAGACAUCAUAUUUCGCGGAAAAACUCGCAAAUUCUAACAGCCGACGACUUGCACGUGGAGUUCCAAGCUGAUAGAAACAGCAGCAAAAACAAACAAUCCUUUCUGAAGUCGCAAGCGCUCCGUGGGGAAACGUUGCACGGGGAGGGAGAAACGGUGCAGCUCCAGCAGCCUAGUGUCUUGAUAUCCUCAAAUGGGGCAGAAACUUUCAGUACGGGAGCUACUCCUGGUGCAGCUGCUGCGAAAAAUAAUAAACCAGGGAUGAUGAUGAUACAAGGCAAAGGAAAAAACUCUAGCCAAAGAGGCACAACUCUGCCGUCCAGCGCUCCAGCCUUGGGAAGUAGAACAACUGCAGCGGGACAUCAGGGGGAUAAAGAUUCGCGGUUCUCCGACAUUUCCUUGGGCAGUCGCGAUAGUAACACGAGGCAGACGGCAACGGAGCAAGUGGAUGUUGACGCACCAAUUCUUUUGAAGAACGUCGGGAAGCUUGCGCUGCCAGGAGUAGGAGUCUCGAACGGUGGCAAAAAUAAUAAAACUUCGAAAGAUAGUGAUAGUACAUUAAAAGUGCUCGCACAUCAUCAAGAAUCGUCUUCGCCUAGAAGUCCAAGAGGCAGAACACCUGCGGCGGGGACUACAACUUCUUCUACACAGAAAAUGUCAAGUGGUGCCCCCGCGUUCUUCGCAACCGGAGAUGAAAGUCUGCAACAAUAUGUGAACCCGCUGGACACCGCGAGAACGGAGUGGCUCGACUCCGCAGCCAACACGCCCAGGGAAGGUCACUUGGCUGGUCGUACUAUUGUUCCAAACACGACGAGUGGGGACUCCACCAGUUUCAUUUCCAAGCAACUUUUGGAGUCGGCGUUGCCGAGGAAUCCGCCCUUUUACAAUGAUUUUCUGGAAUAUGCAAGGGAAGAUCGAGAACAGCAGGACUGAGAGGUGUUUUAUUUGUGCUGUCAAGCAGCUGGUAAGUCUAAGUACUUAAGGAGAUUGCCUUUGCAUGAUGCGGUGGACGUUACUGAAUCGUCUGGAAUGAUAAAGAUAUGCAUGGGCACAAGGUGCUGCUGAUGCCAUUGCCAAACGGCUUUUGAUGUAUUUUUGCAAGUAGUGAAGAACAAAAAACAUGACGAACGAGUUGUACGAGGUACUAUCUAUCAUGGAAGUGAAAAAAGGAUGCCAAUCGCCUUGAUGUCUAGAUUUUGUCGAAUUCUCCAACAGGACCACCCGAACUAAUAUAAGCAAGACCUCUUCUUGAGUGCUUGUUAGACGUCUUAGAAAUUCGAGUUUUCAACACAAACACGACCCCUGCUGCAAGUAUGCUCUUAGUCACUCAUCACGACUUAUUGUCGAGUGGACCAUUCAUUUUUCCGCGCAAGAAAGGGUCAAACAUCAAAGCACAUAAAAAACGUGUAGCCUUCCAUCAUUCCUGGCUGUUUUUCUCCCCUUGCAUAUGGAACUUCGCAACCUUUCUUCCCUCAACGCCACGCUCUGGAGCGGGUCGCUGCAGAUCAUCCCGCGUCAAACUCCCUCCGUUGUCGCGAAUCGAAAAGCGAAUCCGGAACACACCACGAUCCCCGGACUGAAUCCUGCUUUUGCCCAGCAGUACCAAAUUACCAUCCACGCGAUUGAUAAAGCGACAGGGAUUGUCUCUGGUUCGCACGAGUUGUUCGCCGGGACGGUGGUGUUGAACGAUAAUGACGUCGACGAGGUCACCACCGCGAGCCCUGCCGGAACAACUUCUUCUGAUAAUGUUUCUCCAGUAAGAACUACCUCUCCCCCCAGUCCGAAGAACAAACUGGCGCCCUUUAAGGAGCCGCUAGAGGGUUUCGCACUGUACGACGAGACCAAGGACUUAGUCUUCCUGCAGCUCCACAGCGCGUCGACCAGCAAUAGGGAAACACAGAGUUCGUCGAACCAAACAGCUGCAGGAACGAAGUCGGAAUUGGAGUUGAUUCUCGAGCCGCACGGUACGACCAACCGGUGCCUUCGCGGGAACCUGCAGCAGCCCAUGUUCCCAAAACAGCCUGUGUUGCUGAUGGAAGCUGAAGAAGACGGCCGAGAGGGCAAGUUUAAGGACGGGAGCUACUGCGGAAUCUGCAGCAGCUAUCCGACGGGGAGAAUGGGCAAUGCGUGCGUAAUCAUGUGAAGAGGCGGGCUGUUUAUAUUUUGAUAGUAAGUUUUAUUACGUGAUUCUGUUCGUGACUUUAAUUUUGAUGCUUAACCUAUAAGCCGGCCGCUUCCGGUUGUAUUUGUUCUUCUUCUUUUCACUAUGUGCCUCGCUAUGGCGUUUCGACCAAAGACGAAGCAUUUUUCUUUCGAAAUAAGGUCGGUACGGUUCUCUUGCAUUGAAGCAAUUUGUAGUUACAGAGAUCUCUUGUAGCUUUCGUUUUGAGUUAUUUUUUAGCAAUUUUUUGCAUUGAUUCGUAUUCCAUCAAUCUGUUUACGACCAGUCCACACAGCAAAGUUUCGCAUGAUCGAUCAGUCCACACAGCAAAUUUGUUUCGCCUGAAUACUUGUAAUUCUAUCUUCUUCAAGAAAAGUGUACUAGCAACCAUAUCAAUCUCGUACAGUAAAAACAUGGUUAGAGAGUGACCCCUUUGAAAGACCAAGACCGGUGUUCAUCAAUAAGUAAUCGAUCCUAAACUUUUGUUGAUGAAGAAGCGCC